GUCCAGUGCGUUCUUGACGCACCGGUGUGAACGUACCAUAAGACAGCUGUUGUAUGAAGUGCCGUUUCUGCAAUUUUGUGGGUUCAAGCCAAGACGUUCUACUAAGGCAUCAUCAACUUGGGCACAGAAGAGGAUUUCAUUGGCCCUGCAUUCACUGCGUUUGCACAUUCAAGACAAGAGGUGCAUUAAGAUCUCAUCUCAGCAGAUCACACAAUAGGACUGUGAAAAGGCAGGACAUAUUCACCUUCUUUUGUGAUUUAUGUGAAUUUAAGGAUAUUUGCUCACAAAACGCCUAUAUUUCUCAUCUCCUGAGACACUUAAAAGAGAAAGAGACUGUGUGCUGUCCAUUCCAACAUUGUGAUUUUGCCACUAACAAUUCAAGAACAUUUAGUGCCCACAUAAGCAAGAAGCACAGAAACUCAAAGGAUAUCAAAAAUUGUCUUAGAGGACUAUCUCAUGAUCAUAAUCCUGAAAGUACCUCCUCUGAGUAGCCUGUAGAUAUGUCUGAGGAGACAGACUUUACAAAGUGAUUCAGGUCGACUUUCAAAUGAGACAGAGGACAAUGACUGUGUAAAUUAUGUGUCUCUUGAACACAAAGCCGCUCGCCUUUUUUUGUGUAUGCAAACACUGUUGCAUGUUUCAAAAAGUUCACUGCAAAAGAUUAUUGAAGAAAUUAAUGAAAUUUUAAACUUUUCUAAAUUUCAUUCAGUUCAAAGAUUUAAGGAGGUGCUUGCUCAGCAGAAUAUUAAGGUAGAUGAUGGUGUAGUUAAAAAUAUCAUUGAUGCAUUUUUUUAAACCAAUCCAUUAAUUGUAUUCACUGAUCCAAAAGGUACCUUAUCUUCUGAUUACAAGAGAAAUGUCUACUUUAGGGAUCACUUCCCUAUAAUCACACCUACAGAGUACACCUACAAAACAACUAAAAGGAAUACAUUUGUGUAUGUCUCACUUAUUGACGUUUUGGAGAGUUUAUUGAAACAAGAAUAUUUUUUUUUUACGAGAAGUUGUUUUUUGGGGAAAGUGAUGAAGUAGGCCGAUAUGAAUCUUUUAGAGAUGGACAAUAUUUCAAAAACAGUCAAUUAGAAUUAAAUGACAUCUGUUGCCGCUGGAUUGGCUGUCAAAUAUCGUUGCCUGAAGGAACCAGGAAGUGGCUCAGGAUAUGCUGGAUGGGACAAAAGUAUUAAGUGUAAGCUUGGCAACUACCGCUCCAAACUGCGUGAGGCUGGCUGUAAUGAGGUUGCAGUCAAUCGAAAAAGAGGGAGAGGAGAUGACAGUGACCCCAAUAGAUUCAUUUUAAAGAAACCAAAACGUGGUGAAGUUAACUUUAUCCCUCAGCAUCCAGAAAACUAUGAUGAUUCUUCUUUAGAACAAGAGCGAUGCCUCUUGGUGGACGAAUUAAAGAAGAGGGGGAACGACAUGGCUCUGAUCAGACAAAAGAUGGACCUCACAUUUUCGCUGAGGAGAAAAGAAAUCAUGGAGAUGCAGCCUUUGGUCAAGGAAGUACAGGAGAGAUGGCCAGCUCUCUUCUUGAAAGAACAGAUCUGUGCAGAGUUUAUGUGCAUUACCACUAAGGACCUGUUGGAGACCUUUAUGACUGCCCUUGACACUUACUCUAUUCAACUGAUUAAACUGUUCCGGGCCAGAAAAGGAGCUUUCAACAAUGAAAUUAAUCUUCUACAGAGGUUUGACAAUCAGAUGUCAAACAUUGUCCAGCAUCGGCGAACCAUUUCUCUUGAAGGAUUACCCAUAUUUGUUCGGGACACAGAGAGCAAACUGUUUUUGACCUGCCUGGACACAGAUCCAGUUGAGAGGUCCACCAAAGGUGUGAAGGUGGGAAUCCUUGCUGUUCUGGAAGACUCCAAUGGACCUGCUUCAGAGCCCACUGUUGUCAACAUUGGCAUUGUGUUAGAAGAGGACAUCAUUCUUGCUGAUCUGCCAGACCUUCCUACUGCCUGUGCCUACCUUUUUGGACUUCUUUAUGGACUAAAUAUAGAAUUUCCAAAGGAGCACAGGUACACAUUUGAAGCUAUCCAACACAUUUUCAUGGAACUGACUCCUACCUGCUCCCAGCGAGUGAGAAGCUUAAAAACUAAGCUCUUAGUCUAAAGUCCUUAGACAGAAGGUGCGUUCACACCGGCGCGUCAGGUGCGUCGAGUUUACAUGUAAAGUCAAUGGUGGAUCCGCGUCUUAAACGCAGCGUGGCAAGAUGCUCGUCCACCAUUGACUUUACAUGUAAACUCGACGCACCUGACGCACCGGUGUGAACGCACCAUAAGAGCUUCAUUUUUAAGCUUGAUUACAUCUUCAGUGACACUCUAUUCUACAUGUUAAGGCACUGUAAGAAAAAGUUACUAAAAUAAGACACACUUAUUGUGAAAUUGCAUUCCUUUGUUUGAAGAAUUUGUAAAAUUUAUAUUACUUUUCAAUAGAUAAAAGUAUUUUAGGGUUUUAGCUUGGACAGUGUAAGUUACAGAGCAUAUGCACAAAUGUAACAUUUUAUAUUGUUCAAAUAUACAGUUGAACGUGCAUUUCAUGUACAAUAAUUUGUACAUUGUUAAUAAAGUUUGUUACUUC